AUGACUAGCGUAGCACAGACAAUGAAUGUGAAUAACCAUCAUGCAUCGAUUCCAGACUUGAUUGCAAAAAAACGCGAUGGACAUGAACUUCAGCCUGAUGAAAUCAAACAAUUUAUCAGUGGACUUUCGAAUGGUGAUGUCCAAGACUGUCAUGUUGGAGCUAUGCUGAUGGCAAUCUUUAUUAGAGGUAUGAGCGAAAAAGAAAUUUGUUCGUUAACAAUGAGUAUGCGAGACAGUGGCGAACGAUUAAAAUGGCCACACUAUCGGGGUUGUGUUGUCGACAAACAUUCAACAGGUGGUAUCGGCGAUAAAAUUAGCAUUCCAUUGGCACCGGCACUUGCAGCAUGUGAUCUAAAGGUACCCAUGAUGGCCGGAAGAGGUCUAGGCAUUACUGGUGGCACAUUGGAUAAACUUGAGUCAAUGCCGGGCUAUCAAACACAAUUGACCGAUGAAAAAAUUCUCGAGCAAAUUUCAACAGUUGGUUGUGGAAUCUUUUCUCAAUCACUUAAACUCAAUCCAGCUGAUCGAUACCUGUAUGCUAUACGUGACGUGACAGCAACCGUACCCAAUAAUGCUCUUAUAGUUUCGUCGAUUUUAUCAAAAAAAUCUAUUGAAGAUCUCGAUGCAUUAGUUCUUGAUGUUAAAUACGGUGCAUCUGCAUUCAUGAAAACAGCUGAACAAGCUGAGGUGUUAGCCGAAUGGCUUUUUAAAGUAUCGGAAAUGUUAGGCAUGAAAACAUGUUGUUACAUUACCGAAAUGAAUAAUCCCAUUGGAUUCUGCAUUGGCAAUGCGAUUGAAAUUCAUGAAUCACUCGAUUUAAUGAAAUACAAAACGGGCCAUUCGAAAGAUUUAGAAGAACUUGUUUGUGAACAAGGUGGCCGACUUCUUGUACUUGUAAAUAAAGCCGAAACUAUUGAACAAGGCCGGGAACUUAUUCGUGAAACAUUCAAGAACGGUACAGCGUUGAAAAAGUUCCAUGAAAUGAUCAUUGGACAAGGCGUAUCGAAGACGAUUGCUGAUCAAUUAGUUGGUGAUGACGAAACAGUCGUUAGUUCAGUUUUAAAAUUAGCACAUGUACAACAUCAAGCUAUCGCUUUGCAAACAGGUUUUAUUCAAUCGAUUGAUUCGUUUAAACUUGGCACUAUCGUUCAACGUCUUGGCGGUGGUCGAUUGAAAUCAACGGAUAAAAUUGAUUUUUCAAUUGGCAUUCGUCUGUUGAAACAUAUCGGUGAUCCUGUUCAAGAAAAUGAACCUUGGGCAAUCUUAUAUGCUAAUGACGAUGCUUUUCGACGUUAUCCGAAAUAUUUAGAAGACCUUAAUGCAUCUCUUCACGUUAGUUCAACACCCGUCGAACCUUUACAACGUAUUCACAAAGUUUUAUGCUAG